CUAAAGCAGCCGUUCAAUAUAUGAUCUCCUUUGCUUUCCCAUUGGCAAACACGGUCAUCAUCUCCGCGAGGGACUCGACGUUUCUUCGUGCCCCCUCUCUCUUUCUUCGCCUCGGAAGCUCUCCUUCGAAUGGAACCUUCUCCUCUGCUGGCUGAGGAUGCAGUCGUCGGUCGCCCCCCACCGCCAUCCCACGACGGCUGUCGGAACCCUGACGCCGGCUUCUCCGACGGGACCGGCGCCCUGCUUCUGGUCUUGGGAUACCUCCGGCUGCCGGAGCUGUUGGCCUUCCAGAGGGUCUCGCGGUUUUUCAGGGACGCAGUUGCCGGAGACGGCCUGCUGUGGCGGCGCGUCGCCGUUCAGAGUCCGUUGAGCGGGCGGCUCACCGAUGACGCCCUCCUGCGCAUAACGUCGAGGGCUGAAGGAAAGUUGGAAUCUUUGGCUCUGAUGGACUGCUGGAAGAUCACGGACGACGGGCUCAUGCAGGUUGUGGAUCGAAAUCCUGGCAUCGCCAAGCUUCAUGUACCAGGAUGCACAUACUUGACUGCAAAUGGUAUAGUAAGAAUUGUUCAGUGGCUCUAUGAGCACAAGGGCAAUCUGAAAUCUCUCCAGAUUCAUGGUAUCUGCAACAUAACCAAAGACCAUCUUGACAUCCUCAAAUUGUUGUUGUUAGGAAGUAAUCACCAACAGGUUCUACCACCAACUAACGACCGCUACUGGCACUCCUUUACAUUCAUCAAUCAUGAUGACCGCCCAAUAGAUGUUGAUAUUUGCCCCAAGUGCAAGCAUGUAAGGAUGGUGUUUGAUUGUACAAGGGAGAAUUGCAGGUCAAUGAAGUCCCAAUGGACAGAAUGCAGAGGGUGCUUCUUCUGCAUUGCAAGGUGUGAGGACUGUGGAGGUUGUCUCGAUUUUGAUGAACUUGGGGAAGAAACUGUGUGCUCCCAUCUAUUGUGUGUGAAGUGUUGGCUUGAUCUUCCAAAGUGCAAUAUCUGCAACCAACCAUAUUGCAAAGGACAUUCGAAUUUCCUAGAGGGAUCUUCCAAGUUUCUCGGUUUUGUAUGUGAGCAGUGUAUGGAAUCCACGAGCUCAUCAAAUUAUUCUACUUGUGGAUAACUCUGGUGGUAUUCAAUGAAGACUGUUCUCUUGGUCUGUGUUCAAACAGGACGUGGUUUCACCUCGGUUGUGUUUAAGCAGGACCCAGAGGAAGCAAAGCUUGAUGCAAAAUUCCUAAUACAUUAUCUGGUGUAAUCUAACUUGUGGCAACUAUAGGCCGACUGAUUUGAUCAUGGACAUUAUUUAAGAUCAUGUUUUACUAUAGAUUUUCUUAAAGUUUGUCCAACAAACAUCUGGACUAUAUUCUCUUUGCUGCAUAAUGGAAUCUGAAGUCAUGUAACUUUGUCCCUAGCAUAAACUGUCAUCAUAUGGUUUUAAAGAGGCAGACAGUUUCGAUACUUGACCUCUCAUUAGUCUGUGGUUAAUACCUAUUAUUUUAGAUGUUUUAGUUUCUUUGUAGAUGUAUCUUUAAACAUGUAAGAUAUUCAUGGAACUAUCUGGAAAAUUCUAUAUGCGUCUG